AUGCCCAAACGAAAGCGCACCGGCGACAGCGAGAACCGAGGCCAAGAUGAUGCAACCAAGCGCUUCGCGUACCUGAAACCACACGUGCGCCGUGUCCCCGAGAAGACCAUCAAGUCGAAAUGGACCACGCUGCCCGAGCCGGUCCAGGACAAAGUCCGUGACAUGUUCCAUUCCCUGGAGCGACCGGUUAUAGUGCGACAGCAGAAUGAGCGCAAGCGCAUUGAGGCGCAGGGCGCAGUUCAAGCGGUGGUGCGAAAUCUUGGAAGACGGCUUCCGCGAAUGCCUUUUCCACCCAUUACAAAGGACUCGAAUUUUGAUUAUGAAUCUGCGCUGGAUGAACAUCGUUCACUUGAAGGAAACCUGGCCACCAUGAAGGACAGCAUCGGCCUUUUGAGAGCCGAGAUCGCGAAAGAAGAGGCUCUCCUUUCCAGCGAAACCAAAUCGCUGCAGGAGAUGGACAAGAACGCCAAACGAGCCGAGGCUGAGAGAAAGCGGCAGGCAAAACAUGAGCAUCCUGUGCUGCGGCAGCUGGAUGCGCUUCCACAGAUCAGCGAUGCAAUGUCUUCGGAAUUUAGGCUCUUGGACAGCAAGAAUAACCAGGCGACUUUGGACGAGCUGGAUACCGAUCCCGAAAUCCAGGGACUGAUGAAGCAACUGCAUGGCCAUCUUCAAUCCAUGCAGUCCAACACCGCUCCUCUUGCUGGGCUCAGCGAUGCCAUCACUAGGUCGCAGGCCGCUUUAGAUCUCUACUCGAUACCCGACGACUGA